AUGUACUGGUCGGUGUGGGCGGGCCUGGACGGCGGCGGCGCGGCGCGCAUCGAGGCGGCCGCCAUGGACGCGUCGCGGCGCCGCGCGCUGCUCGCCGACGACCUCACGUGGCCCAACGGGCUCGUCAUCGACCUGCAGACGCACUACCUGUAUUGGUGUGAUGUUUAUUUGAACAAAAUUGAGCGUAUCCUCGUAACGUCGUCCGGAGACGUGGCGCCGGGGGCUAAGCGCGAAUUGCUGCUUAAAAAUACUCCUGAGACUCCUCUGUCUAAGCCAUACGGCUUGGCGGUAUAUGAAGACUGGGUGGUGUGGAGCGAGCACGGGUCGGGGCUGGUGCGGCGCCUGCUCGCCAACGGCUCGGUGGACACGCUGCGCGCGUUCUCGGCGCCGCUCUACGACAUCCGCCUCGUGUCCGCCGCCGCGCGCUCCGGAAAGAACGCAUGCUCGCACAACAACGGCGGGUGCCCGGAGCUGUGCCUGCCCACGGCGCCGGACGAGCGGCGCUGCGCGGGGGCGGGCGGGGCGGCGGCGGGCGGGGCGGAGGCCGCGCCCUGCCCCGCCAAGCACUUCCACUGCGGGCAGGGACGGUGCAUAGACUCGUCGUUCGUCUGUGACGGCGACGCGGACUGCCCCGACGGCUCCGACGAGGACACCUCCCCCACUGGACCUUGCGCUAAUGUGACUUGUAACGAGGAUCAAUUUAUGCAAUGUGACUCGAGUCGCUGUAUCCCGAAGAGCUGGAUCUGUGACGGGUUGAAAGACUGCUCGGACGGCGCGGACGAGACGGCGCGCGCGUGUUCGCAGGCGGCGUGCGCGCCGGGGCUGUUCACGUGCGCGCGCUCGCGGCGCUGCCUGCCCGCCGCCUGGCGCUGCGACGGCGCGCCCGACUGCGGCGCGCGCGACCGCUCCGACGAGCAGGGCUGCGCCGCCGCGCCCUGCGCCGCGCCCGCCUUCCGCUGCGCCGCCGGCGCCUGCCUGCCCUGGGAGUACGUGUGCGACGGCCACGCCGACUGCGCCGGCGCCGACGACGAGCGCGCCUGCGCCGCCACGCCCGAGCCCGCGCCCGACGCCGCGCCGCGCCGCCGCCGACCGCAUCACAACGAAACAGAUAAACAUGGACUCUGCGAAGAUCACGAGUUUCAAUGUAAUAAUAGAGAGUGUAUACGAAUGGAAUUCCGCUGCGACCUGCGAGUGGACUGCCUGGACGGCUCGGACGAGGCGGGCUGCCCCGCCGCCCCCGCGCCCCCCGCCGCCGCCGCCACCGCCGCCGCGCCCGCGGGCGAGUGCGCGGCGCCGGCGGUGCGCUGCGACAACGACACGCGCUGCGUGCCGCUGCAGCAGCUGUGCGACGGCGCGCAGGACUGCGCGGACGGCGCCGACGAGGCCGACAGAUGUGGUAGUGUAUUCGUGCCCUUUAUGUUGGACAAUAAU